UUGGUUUUUAGUCUCAUAUAGGUGAUUUUCUUUAAAGAAGCACAGUAUUCAUGGGUGAUAUUCUUUACUUUAUGAGCCAGUCUGUUCUUUAGCUAAAAGGUGACCUCAGAAUCGUUUUGGUUCACAGUUUAAAGUAUCUCAGGGAGAUAGUCUUGGGGAGUCCUCUAGUCUCAACUGAUCGAGGAAGUCUGGACUUUAUACGAAUGUGAGUUCUGUUCCAACCAUGCUUGUUUAUUUUUAAUGCCACUUUCUCCUACCGGCGAGGAGUGUUUCUAAAUGUCAGGUUGUUGACUUACUACUCCCAUUCCCCACUUCUAACUGCUUCAUCUUCCAGGCUGAGGGCUCUAAAUAGGACCCUUACUUCAUAAACUGGGUCUCAUAACAUGUGGUAUGCUUUGCAAGAAGAUAGCCAGCCUGGGCCACCUCUUGCUCCCAGAGAAACCCAGUCCCAGGAUAGAGUGGGCCUAGCAUUCAGUCAGAGCUGCUGAGGCAACUCCUGUCUUCAGGGUCUCUGACAACCCAUGACUGCAUUCCAGUGGCCAUUUGAAUGCCUUGCGAUGUCCCUCCUGGGUCCUUCUAGGAAUCUGGGGUGUGACAGGUUGAUCUAGGGGAAAGAAGUGGAAGACCCAAAUUUGAAUCCUAAAAUAUACCUUCAGAUGUCUCUUAGGUAGACGUACGCAUAUAAUCCACCUAGGCCUCUGCUUUUUUGCCUGUAAAACACAGGAGUUGGAAUAAAUCAGAUUGCAAACUCAAAUGCCUCCAGGCUAGGCCUAGACUGAGGCAAAGAGGCGAGUGCAUGCCCCACUAAAGAGGUCCCCUAGAUUUGGGCUUUCUUGUCAUGGUGAGGCAGCACAGGCCUGGUGAUGCUGUAUCUUACGACUUUUCAAGGGAAGCUGAAAAUCUUGAUUUUUAUGUGAAAGUUAAUUAUUUUAAAUGCUAGCAAUUCAUUCACAGUCUUUAGAAAUACUGUACAAGACCAAGCAAAAUGUGUCUGUGUGCCAAAUUUGCUCUGUAGGCCUUUGGAUAAGAUGAUGACUAAGGCCUUUCUGAAUCACAUAUUUUUGGUAUCUGUUUUUCUGACAUUCUUGGAGGAGAACAUAUAGUGUCCUGGCAAAAGUAACAUAGAGAAGAAGGCUGGGUGGUUGAGUUGGGAGGCUUGAUUUGGCUGUAACCAAUAGCAUGUCAAAUAUUAAGAGUACUUUUCUACUCCUGGAACGGUAUGAGGAAUUGGGAGAUUUCUGUAAAAGUCUAGCUAAGUAGUAGCUGCUGCUCCAUAGCAACUGCCGUUUACCAUCUAGGCAGCGUUAAUUCUGUGCUGAAGCGAAUAGAGAUGGAAUUGUGGCUGAGCUUUGUACCCAGCGUGCGAACAGAUACAGUAGAAGGAUCCCAAAGAUGGUAGCAAUUCUCCAAAAGCAGAAGAGAUCUCAUUUUUCGUGUUGUUUUUCAUGGGAAGGGAUAUCAUAUUUUAGGAAGAUGCCAGCUUAAGUAUAGGGUAGAAUUUUUCUCCAAUUCUAGUAGUGUGGCAUUAAGGAAAGAGAACAAGGCAGAGAGCAGCAUGCCCAGGCUAUAAGCACUGUGAAGGCAAUACCACCUGUGCCCACGGUGUCAUUAGGGCAACCUGUGGAAAAGUAAGAAUGAAUUACAAGUUUUUGCUAACCACAGAAUCAGUUUAGAGCAUGUGUUGUAAAAAAUUAAUAUUUUCCAAUUAAUGUACUCGUUUUUGCUAACCACAGAAUCAGUUUAGAGCAUGUGUUGUAAAAAAUUAAUAUUUUCCAAUUAAUGUACUCGUUUUUGCUAACACUAACACAGUGACUCCAAAUCUCAUCCGCGUCCCCUUUGAGAAGCUAAGAAAAGCAGUAUUCCCUCUUUCUAGAAAAAUACAGGUAGUAAAGUAAAUAUUUUAGGCUUUGUGGACCAUUUGGUAUCUGCUGAGACUAUUCAACUCUGUAGUCACAGUGUGACAGCGUUUGUAGAUAAUAGGAAUGGGCGUGGCUGUGUUCUAGUAAAACUUUAUAUUCAGAAACAGGCAGCAGGCCAUUUUUGACCUCUAGGCCAUAGUUUUCUAGCGCCUGGCUUAGAGCAUUGAUGGCUAUGCUAGAUUGGAAUAUUAAUCAGCAGUUCUUCACUCAGCUUCCCCUUCCCUCUGGGUGAAGAAUACUUCCCUGCUCCGGUGCCUUUGGGCUUGGCCUUGGCACAUGCUUUGGGCAGUGGAAAGUGAGCAGACUUGAUGUGUACAGAGAUUAUAAAUUGUUUACAUGGUCUGACUUAUCUCUUGUGCUCUUGCCAUUUGCCAUGAGAAGAACACACCACGGCUGUGCCUAGUCCAAAGAGGAUGGUAGACACAGGGAGCAGAUCUGAACCCACAGUUUGAAGCAGACUCCGCUGCCCACAGCCUGAAGCAGAGUUGCCCAGCUGAGCCUAGCCUACAUCAGCAGAACUUCAGACAACCUGCAGACCUGUCUCUUCUCUCUAGGGAUGGUGAAGUCGGGGAAAGGCUCCUUUAACCCUCCUCCAGGAUGAACCACCUGCCAGAAGACAUGGAGAAUGCUCUCACUGGGAGCCAGAGCUCUCAUGCUUCUCUGCGCGAUGUCCAUUCCAUCAACCCCACACAGCUCAUGGCCAGGAUUGAGUCCUAUGAAGGAAGGGAAAAGAAAGGCAUAUCCGAUGUCAGAAGGACUUUCUGUCUGUUUGUCACCUUUGACCUCUUGUUUGUAACAUUACUGUGGAUAAUAGAGUUAAAUGUGAAUGGAGGCAUCGAGAGCACGUUAGAGAAGGAGGUAGUGCAGUAUGACUACUACUCUUCUUAUUUUGAUAUAUUUCUUUUGGCAGUUUUUCGAUUUAAAGUGUUAAUACUUGCUUAUGCUGUAUGCAGACUGCGCCAUUGGUGGGCAAUCGCACUGACGACCGCAGUGACCAGUGCCUUCUUAUUAGCAAAAGUGAUCCUCUCAAAGCUUUUCUCUCAAGGAGCUUUUGGCUAUGUGCUGCCCAUCAUUUCAUUCAUCCUUGCCUGGAUUGAGACCUGGUUCCUGGAUUUCAAAGUGUUACCUCAAGAAGCAGAAGAAGAAAACAAAAGUUUAAGCAUGAUUAUGCUAGCCUCAAGAAACAGAGGGAAGAAAAUAUCCUUGCAAGUAGUUUUAUUUUGCUAAAUCUCAUUUUACAGAGAAGUGUAUAAGAAAAAGGUUAUGAUGCAAGGGGAGGUUUUUUGAAAAACAUAUUAAUCAGACCAAGAUGUGUCUUCUAUCUUGUGGCCUCUGUUCCUUUAUGAAAGCAUAUUGUAGAAAAGGGACAAGUAAAGCUAGUGGAAGUCACUUCUUUAUUUUAUAUAGACAUCAAAUUGAACUCUCUCAAAAACAUUAAAAAUUAAUGUAAAUGAGGCUUGAAUGCUCAGGCGAUUAAACCAA